UUAAGCAACCAUGUCCAGCUCAGGCGAGGCAGAGCUCCUGCACACAUUUAAGGGGAUUCCUUUUACCACCAGGUCUUCUCCAGAGCUUUUAAAAUCCUUGGAUACUUUUGAUGCUAGAGAGGAUGAUGUCCUUUUGGUUUCCUAUCCCAAAUCUGGCACUCACUGGCUUGCAGGAGUUAUAACAAAGCUUUACGAUACUCGAGUCACAGUAACAUCUCCCAUUGAACUUGGAGACAUUUCCCGACUGGAGGAACUGAAUAAACUCUCAUCAAAGAGAAUCAUCCCAACACACUUAGACUACAACAUGUUGCCUCCAAAUUUUAAGAAUAAGAAAUGCAAGAUGAUCUACAUCAGCAGAAAUCCAAAAGACACUGCAGUUUCCAUGUUUCAUUACUACAGAGAUAACCCAAACCUUCCCACUGUAGACAGCUGGACUGCUUUCUUUGACCUGUUCUUAAAAGGCAAUGUUGUCUGUGGAUCCUGGUUUGAUCAUUUCCUAAGCUGGGAAGAACAUGAAGAUGAGAAAAAUAUCCUCUUUUUGUUCUAUGAAGACAUGAAGAAGGAUCUCCCUAAGGUUGUAAAAGAAAUUUCUCUGUUCCUGAAUUUAAAUGUCAGUGAUGAUGAUAUCCAAGACAUCUGCAAGAAGUCCUCAUUCUCAGAGAUGAAGAAUGACACAGAGAAGGAGAACAGCGACCCCAGUCACACCGUGUGUGCUCUGACAUCCAACAGGAAGCUGAUUUUCCGAAAAGGUGCUGUUGGUGAUUGGAAGAACUACUUCACUCCAAAGCAGAAUAUUAGGUUCCAGGAGAUAUUUAACGAGAAAAUGAAACUCAGCAAGAUGGCAAACAGUUUCACCUAUGAGUACUGAGUCCCUGUGAAGAACAAUAUCCAGUUAUCAACAAACAUGCACAAACCAGUUGGUGGGAAGUUCUGAAUGGGUAUUCCCAUGAGUUUAUAAUUCUUCCAGUAGGAAGGAUGGGUAAACAUGGGUUCUUGAGAACAGGAAAGUUCUGACACAGUGCCAGAGCUGAACUCAGUUCUCAGAGGGCAGGUGUACGUGGUUUCAGAGUCAGGUGUCAGACCUUGGUUUGAUAACCACAUCUACUUCAUCAUUUAUUUAUUUUCUUUGUUCCAAGGGGAUAUGAACAGACUUCAUAAACCUGAAUAAAGAAUUUUACCCAAGAUAAUAUGAAGAGAAAAACAAAUGACAAACUUGCAAGAAACUGAAUGUAUAAGAAAUCUAAAAACAUAUAAUAAGAAAAUUACCAAAAAUUUGACCCCAGACUUGCUCCUUCUGUAACACACCAUGAUUUGGAAGUGCCUGUCUUAUUGGACAUGGCUAUUGAUAAUUAAGUUGAAAACUGCAGCAUUUGAAGAUCUGAAGUUUGUUUACAAAAGUGUUUCUUUUUUUUUUUUCUUUUAUUUUCUAACACUGUAUAGUUCUUUGAUGUAACUUA